AUGGCCUCUUACUAUUCUGCCACUGGCGCCAUAUUUUUGCUCUUCAUCUUCUUCCUCUCUUCUUCAAUGGCUGCUUUAGUUAAGGAACAGCCCCUUGUGUUGAAAUACCACCGAGGGCCUCUUCUUAAGGGCACCAUCACCGUUAAUCUCAUCUGGUAUGGAAAGCUCACACCCAUCCAACGCUCCAUAAUCAUUGAUUAUCUGCAAUCCAUCAACUCUGUAAAGUCUCCGGUGCCUUCUGUUUCAAUAUGGUGGAAAACAACGGAGAAAUACAAGGGUGGUGCACUUGGUUCAUCAAACCUCGUGGUAGGGAAACAAAUCCUGGACGAAAAUUAUUCUUUAGGAAAGUCUCUCAAGAAUUCCCAUAUAAUUUUCUUGGCGGCUAAGGGCGGGCAUUUAAGCGGGUCGGUUAAUGUUGUUUUGACGGCGAAGGAUGUCUUCGUUGAUGGGUUUUGCAUGAAUCGGUGCGGUGGACAUGGAUCGACCCGCGGGCCGACUCGGUUCGCAUAUGCUUGGGUUGGGAAUUCGGAGACACAGUGCCCGGGUUAUUGUGCAUGGCCAUUUCAUCAACCAGUUUAUGGGCCGCAAACGCCGCCACUGGUGGCGCCGAACGGCGACGUAGGAGUUGACGGGAUGGUGAUUAAUUUGGCUACUGUUUUGGCGGGUACAGUGACGAACCCGUUCAAUAACGGGUAUUUUCAGGGCCCACCAACGGCGCCAUUGGAGGCAGUGACGGCUUGCACAGGAGUUUUCGGGUCGGGCGCGUACCCGGGUUACGCUGGCAACGUUUUGACCGAUAAGACCACUGGAGCUAGCUACAAUGCGCAUGGGGUGAACGGCCGAAAGUACUUGCUCCCGGCGAUGUGGGAUCCACAAACAUCUAAAUGUUCAACACUUGUUUGA